CGUUGCUGACACUUCAAAAGUUCCAAGAGGAACACAAAAAUUAACAAUACGGAAGUGUCAAGAUGGCACCAAGUGGACUAAAAGCUGUAGUCGGAGAGAAAAUCCUGAACGGAGUCAUCAAAAGUGUAAAGAAGGAAGGAGAAUGGAAGGUUCUUAUUGUGGAUCACAUCAGCAUGCGCAUCCUAUCCUCUUGUUGCAAGAUGUCCGAUAUCAUGGCAGAGGGGGUAACUAUUGUGGAGGACAUUAACAAGCGCAGGGAGCCCAUCUCCAGCCUAGAGGCCAUUUAUUUGAUCUCUCCUGUGGAAAAGUCAGUGCAUGCUUUGAUCAACGACUUCAAAGAGACGGCCUUCACUUACAAGGCGGCGCACAUCUUCUUCACAGACACUUGUCCUGACGGCCUUUUCGCUGAGAUCGGAAGAUCAAGAUUAGCCAGGGUUAUCAAGACUCUGAAGGAGAUCAACGUGGCUUUUCUGCCAUAUGAGUCACAGGUGUUUUCCUUGGACAACCCUAGCACCAUGCACUCCAUCUACAGCCCUGUGGGAAAUGCAAAUAAAGACCGGUUAAUGGAGAAUCUGGCUGAACAGAUCGCCACCCUCUGUGAUACACUGAAGGAGUUCCCUGCCAUUCGUUACCGCAGUGGUCCAGAGGAGAAUGCCAGACUGGCUGAGGAAGUUUCUCAGCGUCUAAUCGCCCAUAAAGCCGACAACCCCAGCAUGGGGGAGGGUGCUGAUAAGGCGCGGUCUCAGUUGCUGAUUGUGGACCGUGGCUUUGAUCCAAUCUCCCCUAUUCUACAUGAACUGACCUUCCAGGCCAUGGUCUACGACCUUCUGGAUAUCCAACAGGACAUAUACAAACAUCAAUCUACCGGAAUCGGGGACGCUAAGGAAAAGGAGGUUUUACUGGACGAAGAUGAUGAGUUAUGGGUACAGCUGAGACACAUGCACAUAGCAGAUGUCACCAUAAAAGUGACUGAGCUGCUCCGGACCUUCUGCGAGAGUAAGAGGAUGUCCACCGACAAGUCCAAUAUCAAAGACCUCUCUCAGAUGCUGAAGAAGAUGCCGCAGUAUCAGAAGGAGCUGAGCAUGUACUCGGUUCACUUGCACCUGGCAGAAGCCUGCAUGAAGAAGUUCAAAACGUCUCUGGAAAAGCUUUGUGAGGUCGAGCAGGAUUUAGCCAUGGGCUCCGACGCGGAGGGGGAACCCCUGAAGGACGCCAUGAAGAGCAUUGUCCCUGUUCUCCUCGACACAAACAUCGAGCCCUUCGACAAGAUACGGAUCAUACUGUUGUACAUAUUCCACAAGAAAAAGGGGAUUGGAGAGGAGAACCUCACCAAGCUCAUCCAACAUGCCAACGUCCAGGCAAACAGCAACAUCAUCACCAACAUGCAGCACUUGGGCUGCCCCAUCAUUGCUGGGGGUCCCAAUGCUGGGACAACCCUGCCAGAUAAGAAAGAGCGCACGGAGAGCACCUACCAGCUCUCUCGAUGGACGCCCACCAUGAAAGACGUGAUGGAGUAUGUUAUAGAAGAUAAGCUGGACAAGAAGCAGUGGCCGUUCCUCACCGAGCCUGCUCUGAUCAGCACCCAGCAGACUGCCGUCAGCAGUGCACGGUUUGGGCACUGGCCCAAGAAGAAGUCUGCAGCAGAGUAUCGUUCUGGCCCUCGUCUCAUCAUCUUUGUAAUUGGUGGUGUGUCUCACUCUGAGAUGCGCUCGGCCUAUGAGGUCACUAGAGCCACCGAGGGAAAGUGGGAGGUCCUGAUUGGCUCUUCGCACAUCCUAACUCCCACAAGCUUUCUGCAGGACCUGAAAAACCUGGAUCAGGUCCCAGCAGCUGAGGGUUAGACAUGCCUGAGGAGAGCUGGUCGUCCCUGGAUAGCUUUUCCAAGUGUACUCUUUAAUUGGGAGGAUAUUUGAUACUGGUCUUUUGUUGCAGGGUUGGACACGUCUGUGAAAAAGUUCAAUUUUAGAUGUAAAAAGAUGUAAUCAUUAAAAGGAAUCUUAUUUUAAUGCUUGGAAGCCUAAAGUAAAACAAAUUGUGUGUAUAUAAUGCUGUGAUUGAAAAUUAUGUUCUAAAUAUUUAAUUUAAGCAUAUACCUUUUAUGAAGAUUAUACAAAUCUAUUUUUUUGCCUUAUUCUGUAAUUGUGUUGCAAAUGAGUGAAAUAUCACCAUGAUUAUUUCAGAUUUACUUGAAAAUCCUUUCAUCCUAUUUGAAGUAGAACUUUCCUUAGGUUGUUUCAUCCCCCAGAAUAAUGUCCUUCUAUUCAGUAUGCAUUUGUGCCCAUCUGUUAAAUGUAAACGCAGUGGAAAACUGAUAAAAUGACUACUAAUGUCCACUGUUACAAUAGCUUGUUUCUAGUAUUUGAGUCACCUCUUCCAGAAUGUCUGUUUUCCUCUGAAAUGCACUUUUAUCAUGUACUUUUUUUAUAAGGAUGGGAAGGAAGUGUGGUGGGCCUUUUUUGUUUCUUUUGAAAAUUAUCAAUAAAACUUUAUGCAUUACAA